UACAGGUCUGUGGAUAAAGCGCUGCUCAGGUCUGUACGGUGUCGGGUUCGGACUUGUCUUACUGCGCUGUGAAUUAUGAUUUUUUUUAUUUUUUAAAUAUAAAUGAGCACAGAGAUAAACGAACAACUAAGCAGUGAGGAAAAUACAUCACCGGCUGAAAGCUUGCUUUUCGACGUGGGCUCAUUAUUCGACAUCCUCUUUGAAUCGUGCUGAGAUCACAGUGUGUGGGAAUGGGCAAUGAUGGAGGAUAAAGGGCCUCGUGUAGCGGACUACUUUGUGGUUGCCGGUCUGACCGACUCGCCCAAGCCACUGGAGGAAGAGCUACACUUUGACGACGCUGGUCCCAAGUCAGUAAAAACCAAAGCCCCCAUCACAGACGUAGCUGUGGUGAUCCGUUCCCUGGGUGAGGAAAUACCCCCGGGUUUCACCUGUGUGGAAAGCACCCCCUCAGGCCUGUCUGCAGAGCUCAAUGGAGCCAGCCUUAGGGGCCCGCAAAUCUUCUUGUGCUUCAAGCGAGGAAGAGAUAAGCCUCCUCUGACAGAUCUUGGGAUUCUGUAUGAGUGGAAGGAGAAGCUGAAGCCUGGAUGUCACAUAGUCCAGACCACACCCUCAGGGCGCCCUGCUAACAUCAGCAGCUCCUCAUCCCAACGCAUCUACAUCACCUACCGCCGCGCCCCGAAAAGCCAGCCCCACACUUCGCUGGCUGUCACUGAUGUCUGCAUCAUCAUCCCCGGCAAGGGGGAGACGCCCCCCCACACUUUCUGCAAGGUGGACAAGAACCUCAACAGCAGCAUGUGGGGAUCCUCUGUCUACCUUUGUUACAAGAAGUCUCUGGCUAAAGCAAACACCAUCUCAUAUAAAGCAGGUCUUCUGUGUAGGUACCCGGAAGAGGACUAUGAAUCCUUCCCACUGCCCGAGUCAGUGCCUAUGUUCUGCUUGCCCAUGGGGGCUACUAUCGAGUGCUGGCCGGCACACACCAAACACUCUUUGCCCGUUUUUUCCACAUUCGUACUGACAGGGGCCUCUGGAGAAAAGGUAUAUGGAGCAGCCAUCCAGUUCUAUGAGCCUUACUCGGAGGAGAACCUGUCCGAGCGUCAGUGCUCACAGCUCGGCCUGCCAAGCUCUGAUCUGGGACUUGAUGGAACCAGGAGUGUUUACAACAACAAGAGCAUCUGUCUGCUUUCCCACUGGCCCUUCUUCCAGUCCUUCAGGAGCUUUCUCACUUUCCUCUACCGAUACUCCAUCUCUGGACCGCAUGCCCUCCCAAUUGAAAAGCACAUCUCUCACUUCAUGCAAACGGUGCCAUUCCCUUCAACGCAGAGACCACGCAUCCUAGUGCAGCUGUCUCCACAUGACAGCCUGAUACUGAGCCAACCUGUCUCCUCCCCACUGCCCCUCAGUGGUGGAAGCCUUUCCACGUUGCUGUUAAAUCUGGGCCCAAAGAAUGCAGCCACUCUGCUGGUGCUGGCUGUCACAGAGCACAAGAUCCUGGUUCAUUCUCUUCGUCCAGCUGUUCUCACCAGUGUUACAGAGGCACUUGUGUCCAUGAUCUUUCCCUUCCACUGGCCGUGCCCCUACAUCCCUCUGUGCCCGCUGGCGCUGGCCGAUGUGCUCAGUGCCCCGUGUCCCUUUAUCGUGGGUGUUGACUCCAGAUACUUUGACCUCUACGUGCCCCCAGCCGACAUAAGCUGUGUGGAUCUGGACACCAACACAAUCUCUCAAAAAGACGACAAGAAGGCUUUAACAUGGAAAAUCUUGCCCAGGAGAGCCUGCAAACAUCUUCUGAACACUCUCAAUAAAAUUCAUCAGCAGCUUACCGAAGGUGGUCAGCUGAACCGUGAAGACGUGCAGAUGGAGCACACGGUGACUGACAGCGAACUGGAUGGUGGGAAGAGCCUCCAAACUCUGGAGCUGGAGAUCCAAGAGGCCUUUCUGCGCUUCAUGGCCGCCAUCCUCCGAGGCUACCGCUCCUACCUUCUGCCCAUCACACAGGCCCCCUCUGAGAAGACCACUGACGCCAGCUCCCUCUUUGACAUCCAAGGCUUCCUAAAGAGCAGAGACCGCUCCAAUCAGAGGUUUUACUCCCUCAUGACCAAGACUCAAAUGUUCAGUCGCUUCAUAGAGGAGUGCUCCUUUGUCAGUGACAAAGACGCCAGCCUGGCUUUCUUCGACGAGUGUGUUGAAAAGCUAUUCACCACUGGAGGAAAGAUGGAGAGUGAACGCCCGGAGGAAACCAGACUGAUCGAACUGGAUGAAUCACACUGCAGUGAGCACACAGUCUAUGUCAACCCUCCAGAGCUGCCUCCACUGCCCCAAGGAGAGGAGCAUCCUCUGUGCUAUAGCUACUCAGGCUUUCCUGUGUUGAAUGCUGAGCUUCUGGAGCCACUGGAGGGACCAAAUCCUUCGUCAGCAGGCAUUGCUGCACGGCACAGCAGCCCAGCCAGCCCGACAGCGAUCUUUAGACGCUCGAAACAGGAGAUCAAAUCAGCUCAAAGAAUGGCCAAAACCCAUUCAGCCAUGCCUCAGAUGUGGUCCAAGUGCCUGCUGCGUCACUGUUACGGCCUGUGGUUCAUCUGCCUGUCAGGGUUUGUCGGCAGCUCCCACUCUAAGGUGCGGGCUCUGCGCACAGCUUACGACGUGCUGAGGAAGAUGCAGGACAAGAAGCUGCAGGCUCCAGAUGAGGUGUGUUACCGUGUGCUGCUGCAGCUGUGUGGUCAAUACAGCCAGCCCGUCCUGGCAGUCAGAGUGUUGUUUGAAAUGAAGAAAGCUGGAGUUCACCCCAAUGCCAUCACCUAUGGUUACUACAACAAGGCGGUGUUGGAGAGUACUUGGCCCUCCACCACCAGAGGUGGCUACUUUUUGUGGGGAAAGCUGAGGAACGUGGUCCUUGGAGUUCUCCAGUUCAAGCAGGCAGGGAGAAAACCGACUCCGCUCCAAUAUCCUCCGCUUUCAGACGGCAGUGAUCUUGACACUGUCAGUCACGGUAGCUUGGACAGUGCUAAUGACUCUGCUGAGCGCGCCUCCAUCGACACUGACUUCACUAAAAUGGACUCCAGUGAUGAUGGAUUAAGCACAGGUGGACAGUCAGACCAAGGCUACGACUCUCUGUCCAAAGAGGAGGAGAGGAUGUGCGGUAGAGAGAGUGACAACACUCCACUGGUGGAGGACAAAGGGCUUAGGCAGUCCACACCCGAGAUCGAGGGUCCAAUCAGCAGGACCUCUCCUUCCAGCGGAAGUUUCAAAUCAACUGAUUACAGUGCAGGCAAUGAGAACAGGCCAGUUUCCAGUCCGCCCAGUGAUGCCAUUCUAUGUGGAGUUCAGUCAAAGACCGAGAGGCCAAAAUCUCUGGACUUGUCUGGUGGACCUGGAAGUCUGAGGCUGACCGUCCCUCACCUUGUCUCAACAAAGCACCCUCACCUCACUGCUGACAGACUUCACGGGGUGGAGGAAGAGGACACAGAGACUGACAAACUGAAUUGUGUGGUGGAGGACAAUAGUGAAUCAGAGAGGCAUUCUGUGCCCAGAAAGAGGAGUGUCAGCUGCAGCGCUGGGACUGUGAGGAGGACAGGUAUUGAGAGGGGGUUUGAUCCCUUGUCGCUUCUGGCAACCGGUGCAGUGAAAGAGUGUGAUCAGGAGAACAGCAGCACUCCCACGGCACGCCGCAACCUCGCAGACGAGAUCGAGACGUACAUGAACAAUGGCAGCAGCCCCCUGAGCAGCCGUACACCGAGCAUGGACCUGCAGAACCCCUCGAGCCCUUUGUUUCGCACCUCCUCUUCCCCUCACACAUCCCCAAGACCUGCCACCCUGCUCAGAUCCAACACCCACCUUCCUCUGUCUGUUAAAUCCAAGGAGAGACUGCGGCCAUCACCAUCUCUUCCUCUCGGCGUCUCUGCCAAAGUCAGAGAAAGGCCUUCCUCCUUGGUGUCACCCUCGUCACCGACUCCCUCCAACUCAUCGUUCUCCAUGGACUCUCUGUUUACUCCGACUAUGGACAUUUUUAAGAGCAGCUUCAUGUCCGCUGGAAAGGGCGUAGCUGAAAAGGCCAGCCGUCUAUACUCUCGUCUGUCUUCUCAGACUUCAUUAACACAGGAUACAAACUGUGACCGCAUCAGUUCCUCACUGACUUCAGGGGAGGCAGACUGCUCCUCGCUGCUCGAUAACGACUCCUGUCUGGACCCGGACGGCUUCACCUCCCCCCAGCACGGCGGCGUGUCCCGGCUCAGGAAGAGCCCUGUUGUGGGUCACGCAAACCUGGGCAGCCCAAGCACCCCAAACAGAGUGUUCAGACACAACUCCUUCUCUGGUGGUUUGGCACUUCCCUCAAAAACUCCUCACACUCCUGAUGCCUCCCCCGACAACAAACGCUUCCAACCUGUUCCUAAUUACACCAUAGAGGUGCAGAUGUCAAGCUGUUCACUUUGUAAAACAUGUGACUGUCUGGUGUAUGAUGAGGAGAUCAUGGCUGGCUGGACAGCAAACGACUCCAACCUCAAUAGCACUUGUCCUUUCUGUGGCACGGCCUUCCUGCCUUUCCUCAAUGUGGAAAUCAAAGACCUGAGACCACAGAGGAGGUCUUCUCAAGAAACUAAUCCUGUUACAGAGGAGAACACGUCGGCGACACUCAAUUCAGAGGCCGAAACGUCUGCAGCAGACGGUGCAGCCGAACCAUCUCCGGCGCGUCUGCAGGAGCAGCAGGGCAGUGGAAGCACCGAGCCAGCUGAUCCAUCCUCUGCUCCAGUGACAGUGCCCUACCUGAGCCCUCUGGUCCUGUGGAAGGAGCUGGAGAGCCUCCUCGUUAACGAGGGCGACCAGGCCAUCUCGUCCCCGUGCAUCGUUGACCAACACCCAAUAGUCUUCUGGAACCUCGUGUGGUACUUCAGAAGACUGGAGCUGCCAAGUAACUUGCCAGCCCUGAUCCUGGCCUCCCAGCACUUUAACCAUGGAAACCAGACUCCUCAGAGCAUCUCUUCCGAGGACAGUAAGCAGGUUCUUGUGAGGAUCAUGUGGGACAAUCUAAAGUUGCACCAAGACAAAGUUCAACCCUGCUAUGUCCUGUGGAACACACACUGUGCCAACUCACUGGUUCUCGGGCUGUGUGAGGAAGGGCAGCUCUUCACUGUGGAGCUGCUGCAGGGCUUUGUGAGGAGCAUUAAAAAGAGUGACCUCUAUCAGCCCAUGAGUCAAAUCAUCCAGCUGCUGGGGCCAGAGCUAGGUUUUAAAAGACAGCGGAGUCUGUAUAGAGAUUUAUUGAACCUUGCUCUGGUGUCUUUGGGCAAACACAACAUUAAUAUCGAUGCAUUUGACCGAGAGUACAAGCUUGCAUAUGAUCGCCUCACCCCCAAUCUGGUCAAAUUGACACACAACUGUGACAGGCCCCCUGGAGCAGGGGUCAUGGAGUGCAGGAGAACUUUUGGAGAGCCCAGUCUGUGAACAAAAAAAAUCUCUUUUUCUUUCCCACCAAGUAUUUCCUUCAGACACUGUCUCCGUUUGAUUUCUGGACUUAGACUCCAAACACUCAGGACCAGCUCACCUGACUGGAGCACACAGCUAUGAAGCACAAUGGGGAAAAUGCCACUUAACGUUAAGCAACUGCCAUGAGUUUCUUGUAUACUGUUACAGCUGAGCGGGCAUGAAGCGACAGGCCUUGUUUUUGUAAAUAUUAUAAUGCACACUGUAUUUUCAGUAUAACUAUUGUCAAAUGUUUGUACAGCUAUUUUACAGUUUAUUUUAUGACUUUGUUUCUGUCAAAGCUGUGAGUCACGUAUCUAAAGUCAGCGUGUUGCACAUGUCAAAAUUCCUAUGUGGUCCUGGUGACCGUGUUAAGACUGUUGUUGAGUGUGUGUGUGUGUGUGUGUGUGUGUGUGUGUGUGUAGAAGAAGUAAUUGCUUUCAGACCUUCAUGUUUUUUUACAAAGCACUUUGGCAGGAUGAGCUCUGUCCAUUCAUUCUCAUUUACGUAACCCAGCCCAGCAGCCUACGCUUAAGUGACUUUUUAUUUGACAGCUGCAGGACUAAAUGUCCGGUCAAACAUUCCACAACACACAUUGAACUAAAGCAAAGACACUCCUCCUCGUCUGAACCCUGCGCAUCCAGCAGGGUUGAACUUGUUUGACUAAAUACACUAAACUCGAUCAAAGAAUUAGAAAGCUUCUCUUCUCAAUUAAUGCAUAUGCACAAUCUUUGUUUAUCUUCUUUUUUACAUUGUAUCAGAAAAAAAACAAAAAGGGAAUAAUACUUGCUUGAUUUAUUUCCAUUUUAUUUAAGCAAUACUUUUUUUUAAACUGAGAAGUGAAUAAUGUAUACGUUAUAUGGGACCACCAAGGAUUGAUUUCCUCGAAACAGUACAAUCAAACUAAUGGUAGAUGAAUAUAAACUUAUAACAAUGUUUUCUUUUGGAUAUAUCAACACUUUUAUGAAUAGAGAAUUCACAUUAUUGACACAUUAAUGGACAUAUAACUAUGUACAGAGUAUGUGAUUCUUCUUGAUCUUCACUGUAUUGUCUAGAUGUCACUUUGAGACAUUUGGACAGCGGUGCACUAUAAAAUGUGACAAACAGGACAGCAAAGGGCAUUUUUAGACCCGUUUGCACUGAGUAUACUUCAUGCUAAGUAAACACAAAAGCUCUGCCCUGCCCUCAUUUAAAACAACUUCCAAACAAAAUGCGUGUGAUGGGUCACUGUGUUUACUAUGAACUGACAAAAACCUGCCAUGGUGUGUUGAAGUAUCACAGCUUAUUCCUGAACGUCCUCACAGUAACGAUGCUGGAACAAACACCAGACUCACAGCAUGUACAUUUGCAUUAUAUUCACCUUGUAGGUUGGUACUUAAAAAAAAGCACUGAUGACAAAUACAUAACUUGAUGUCUACUUGUUGUUACUCAGUUUAUCAAUUCAAAAAAUGUUAAUGAAGUAUUAUUUAUCAUUUGUAACACAGAUACUUAUUUGUAUGAUUUUUAUAUUAAAAAAAUGAUUUCUUCCCUGACUAAGUCUAAAGUUUGCUGACAUUUAUGAAUAAACACAUUUCUUCUAUGGA